UAUGGCGGACGAAGGUGCGGAAAAUAAAAAUAAAUCAAAAAAUGUUGAUGGUCGUGUAAGAGUCGCUGUUAUUGGUGGAGGAAUAUCAGGUUUAGCGGCUGCGUCGUCUCUAGUACAAGAAAGAUUUGAUGUUGUUCUUCUUGAAGCUUCAGACUAUAUAGGUGGGAGAAUUAAAACAGUGACAGCAUUUCCUGGAUUYCCACCYAUAGACCUGGGAGCUGAUUUUAUUCACGGCUCGAACUCGAUUAUAAAUAAGCUUGCUGAGGAGAAUAAUUGGACUGUCAAACAAUCGCAUGGUAUAGAUCAAGAGGAUCCUUACACCAUUACCAUAUUCUUGGAAGGAAAGCUCUAUUCCUGUCAUGAUACAAAUCAACCUGACAUAUUUAAUGCUACCAAGGCUUGGCAUGAAAUUUCAGGUCUGGGUGAAAAGUUGAACCAGGAUGGUGAUAAUGCCACAGUCAAAAAUGAUCUUGGUAUAUUUAAAAGAAACCUUUCUUCUUGGCUAAGUUCAAAAGAAGUCAGUCAAAACACCAUUGAUAUUAUUGACAGUAAAGUCUGCCAGACUAGUGGAGGCACACUGGACAUCAUUGGAGUCCAAGAAAUUGCUUACAAAAAAGCCUGCUGGGAUUAUGGUGGAGAAAAUUACAGGUUUGAAGGAUCAUAUGCAGUUUUAAUUUCACAUUACCUUGAAAAGUGUGCAAAAGUGGAGAAAAGAUUGAAUUGGACUGUGAAGGAGGUCAAGUGCAUUGAUAAAAAGAAAGAUGAAAGUGUGAAACAAACUCCAGAAGUUGUCAUCACAAGUCGAGCAGGAGAAACCCUGGCAGUAGAUUAUGUGGUAGUCACAGUACCUCUUACCAUCCUCAAAGAUGGUGAUAUUAUCUUUUCUCCUCCUUUGCCGCCCAAGAAGCAACAUGCCAUCAACGCUAUUCAAAUGGGAGCUGCCUUGAAAAUAGUCUGUAGAUUUGGAAUACCUUUUUGGCGGGAAAAAACCGUCAUUUAUCCAAUCAGAGGGUUUCUUAGUCAAAUAUGGACAUAUUCCCGUGACCCGAAAGAAGAUGGUGAGGAGUGUCACAUGGGUGUUGGAUUCGCAACGGCUGCAUUAGCUGCACAGAAGGCUCAUCUUUCUGACGAAGAAGUUUGCGAACAAUUUCUACAACAACUAGACGAAAUAUUUGGGACCGACGCCGAUCCAACACCUGCCACCAACAACUUCAUGAGCUUUGUGUACGAGCACUGGUCCAGACACCCAUAUAUUAGAGGAGGAUACAGUACGCAGACAGUUAAUACUCAUGACUCGAAACAACACUUGUCAGCACCAGUAGAAGGGAGGUUAUUCUUUGCUGGAGAGGCGACCAGUCAAAUAGUGGUUGCCACAGUGCAGUCUGCGAUCGAGACUGGAAUGCGUGCAGCUCGUGAAGUCUGUGAAGCAGCAGGUAUUGAAUGUUGAGCGAAAAAUAGUUUUUAUUAAAUUAUUGAAGUUUUUAGUGUUA